AUGAUCACCACUGUCUAUAAUAUAAUUUUCUUGAGUGCAGUUACCGUGGUAACUGCCCAGUCUGCUUCCUGUCCCCAUGGUUGGGUACUCCGUGGAUCUUCCUGCUACCUGUUCGUCACUGAUUCCCCUGAGGAUUGGAUGACAGCAACGUCUUAUUGCAAUAUUCUUCAUGCAAAGUUGGUGGAAAUUGAAACUUUGGCCGAGGACGAAUUUCUUCGCUUGCAUCUAUUUGAUAAAAAAUUAACAGGUGGGUACUGGAUUGGAUUCUCUGAUAUCGUGGUUGAAGGAGAAUGGAUAUGGACGUCUACUCAGGAACCCCCAACAUACAGCGACUGGUACCCUGGCCAACCGGACGAUUUAAAACAUCAUCAGGAUUGUGGACAGUUACUGGGAGGAAGUUUCGGAUUUCACUGGGAUGAUGAGAUAUGUACUAGGACUAAUAAUUUCAUAUGCGAGAAAGAAUUUAAUGGUGAUAUCGGCAUUGUUGGCUGA